AUGCAGUAUUUAGGACAGUAUGAACAUGAUCAAAUUCAUUAUUAUAAUCAAGAAAAUAUUAAUAUUACUUUACAUAAUCGAGAUUUAUGGAAUCGAUUUCAUGAAAUAACUAAUGAAAUGAUAGUUACAAAAAUUGGUCGUCGUAUGUUUCCAAUAAUAUCAAUAAAUAUUCAUGGUUUAGAUCCAGAUAAAAUGUAUACAAUAGAAUUAUCUUUUGAUCAACUCGAUACUCAUCGUUGGCGUUAUGUUAGUAGUCAAUGGCAACCAGGUAUGAAAUCUGAUCAACCAAUUCAACAUUUACCUUAUCAACAUCCAGAUUCACCUAAUUAUGGUCGAACAUGGAUGAAAGAUACAAUAGUAUUUCCUAAAAUUAAAUUAACAAAUAAAAUCGAUCAUACUGGUACAUCUCAAGUUAUACUUAAUUCACUUCAUAAAUAUAAACCAAAAAUUUCUAUUAUUGAUGUUAUAUUAAAAAAGAAAAUCUAUGAAAUAAGUUUUAAUGAAACUGAAUUUAUUGCUGUGACAGCUUAUCAAAAUCAAGAAGUCAAAGCAUUAAAAAUAAGACAUAAUCCAUUUGCAAAAGCAUUUCUUGAUACAGAAAAUAUUAAAAAAGAAAUGACAGAUGAACAAGACAAUCAUUCUUCAAUGUUUUGUUCACAAGAAUCAUCAGGAGGACCAAAUCGACUUAAACUUCAAUCAUAUCGAUCAUCACCUUAUAAUUAUUCUCAUUCACAACAAAAAUCAUCACCAACGAAUGUUCUUGCAUAUCCAUCAUCGUCAACUUCACCAUUUGAUUUAUCAACAGUCUAUCCUACAAUACCAUCAAUGAAUAUUCCAUGCUCAUCAUCAUCAUCGCCUCCAUUAUCAAAUGGUAUUACUUAUAAUUCGAAUUCAUAUUAUCCACCACCAUCUUCAUAUUAUUUUCCUUAUGAAACAUCAUCAUCAUCAUCAUCGAUAGGUUAUUAUCCAUUUAUUGUUCCUUUCAAUUAUUCUUUAAAUCAAGAAACAACAUCAUUUUUACCGAUGUCUAUGGUAUCAACUGAUAAUAAUUAUUUGACUCCAUUGUCACCAAUAACACAUGAUAUUGGACAAUAUUAA